AUGCCGCAACAAGAAGAAGUGCCUACUAAAUGGGCAAGAAAGGCCUCUAGCACCAAAGCCGGUAAUGGCAUUACUUUAGAAUCGAAGUCGAGGCAAGGCACGGCCAACUUCACCUUUGAGGCCAUCCGCCCAGGACUCUUCAGAACCCAGUUUUGGACUGCAAAGUCGCCAUUACCGCCAUACCCAAAUUGCGAAGAGCCAAAGACUCAGCCCACCUCUACAUUCGAUCACGGCAAACAGACGGAGUCGACUAUCGAUGUGGACGAUGUCCAAGCAACAAUAGACUUCACUGGAGCCCCGCUUGUUUCUCUGCGGUUUAAGGACAAGCAGGUCCCAAUCCAUUCCGAUCUUCCGGACCGCUCAUACGUUCUCGAUGGCGAGGGAACAUCGCACUACAUGAACCAUGACCGACAGGCACUGCAUGUCGGGCUCGGAGAGAAGGCGGCGCCCAUGGACCUCACUGCACGGCCCUUCAUCCUGUCCGCCACCGACUGUUUUGGGUACGAGGCGUACCGGACAGAUCCUAUGUACAAGCACGUCCCGUUGUUGAUCAAAGCUACGCCGGAAGGCGUGGUGGGAGUCUUCUCCACCUCCCAUGCCAGAGGUUUCUGGUCAGUGGGUUCCGAGAUCGACGGUCUCUGGGGCCACUUCAAGGUCUACCGCCAGGAAUAUGGUGGCCUCCAGGAGUAUCUCAUGGUGGGCCGGACCUUGAAAGAUGUCGUGCGUCUGUAUGCUGAGGUUGUUGGGUAUCCGCUGCUGGCACCUCGGUGGGCAUUCGGUUACCUGUCUGGCGGCUACAAGUACUGCGCAAAAGAUAACCCGCCUUCUCACGUCGUGCUGGCCGAGUUUGCGGAAAAGCUAAAGGAGCACGAUAUUCCUUGCUCCGCCCAUCAGAUGAGCUCGGGUUACUCCAUUGCAGAUGUCGAGCCGAAGGUGCGAAAUGUCUUCACAUGGAACAAGCACCGUUUCCCAGAUCCAGAGGGCUUCUUGGAAAAGUAUCAUCAGCAGGGCAUUCGACUUCUGUCUAAUAUCAAGCCUUUCAUUUUGUCUUCGCAUCCGGAUUUUGAGUACCUCAAGAAAAACAACGGUAUGUUCACAGACCCAGUGACCGGCGAGAUGGGCACCAUGAAGCUGUGGAGUGCCGGUGGUGGCGAGUCUGGCCUCGGAGGUCACCUGGACUUCACUUCCAAAGCUGCAUUCGACUGGUGGUGUGAGGGUGUUCAGAAGCUGAAGAAGCAGGGUGUAGACGCCAUGUGGAAUGACAACAACGAAUACACACUACCCGACGACAACUGGACGAUGGCUCUGAACGACGAGAGGUCGAUCAAUUCACAAGAGCGAAACCACGUCGGGCUGUGGGGUCGAGCUUUGCACUGCGAGUUGAUGGCAAAAGCGUCGUACCAGGGCCUACUCAAGGCGGCACCGAAUGAGCGCCCAUUCGUCCUCACGAGGAGCGGCACACCGGGCACCUUCAGAUAUGCCGCCUCAUCCUGGAGUGGUGACAACAUGACCAGCUGGGAAGCCAUGAAAGGAGCCAACGCCAUCUCCCUGACCGCUGGCUUGUCUGGAUUGCACUGCUUCGGUCAUGAUAUUGGCGGCUUCGAGGGGCCUCAACCGUCUCCCGAGCUGCUCCUUCGUUGGGUCCAGCUCGGCAUCCACUCUCCACGCUUUGCUAUCAACUGCUUCAAGACCUCGCCACAGGAUAACCAGGCUGGCGAGGUCAUCGAGCCUUGGAUGUACCCUGAAAUCAUUCCCAACAUCAGGGAUGCAAUCAAGCGACGGUAUGAGAUCCUGCCGUACAUCUAUUCGCUAGCGUUGGAAGGUCACUUAACAGCUGCUCCGCCUCAGCGAUGGGUAGGCUGGGGCUACGAAAGCGAUCCGGAGGUGUGGACGAAGUUCUUGAAGAAUGGUGAGGAGCAGUACUGGUUUGGUGAUUCGCUAAUGGUUGGUGGCGUUUACCAACCCGGUGAGACCAAGGCGACGCUGUACCUACCCAGGAAGAAUGACCAGGGUGAGAAAUUCGACUAUGGCUUCGUCAACACGAACGCGCCUUAUGAAUACCUCCCGUCCGGCCAGUGGGUGACCGUUGAGUCUUCAUGGCGGAACAGCAUUCCCAUCCUUGCGAAGAUUGGCGGUGCAGUGCCCGUGGGCAAGAAUGUGCAGACGCGCACCGCUGGGGAGAAGGGCCCAGCAUGCGAAAUGCUUCCUGAAGACGACUAUCGUGGCGUUGAGAUUUUCCCUCCAAAGGGGAGCUCACACGGCCAAGUAUUCUCCAGCACAUGGUAUGAUGACGAUGGCACCACGCCGGAGGAAAACAUCUCUUCAUUCACUGUUACCUACACUUCAAGUGACGAGAAAGUCACGGUGGGAUUCCACCAGGACGCGAAGAACUCAGUAGAGCUGCCUUGGUUGGAGUCACUGACUUUCAUCUUGCUGCCAGAAGACCAGCGUUUCAUCGUGUCGGAGGAAGGUGUCCCUCUAACGAGGGUUGAGGAUGAUUGUCGGGGUCGUUCUCGCUAUGUGAUGAAGCUAUCUGGCCACCGAACCAACGGCGUAAAUGGGGUGAUGGUUAAUGGCCACAAAUAG